AUGGAGAUCUUCUCUUUUGUGACUGGUGAAUGGAGAGAUUCAGUUGUAUUUUCCGGACCAUGGGCUGUUGUUCAGCUGAGUGCCUUGGUGUGUUCCGAGGGUGUCUGCGUUUGGGCAAGCAAUACUCUAUUUUUUUGGGAGUUGAAAGAGGAAGAAGAUCAUUGUGAUAUGUUGGUGGUCGAUGGAGCCGCCAAAUUGUGCUUCAAACACAAGAAAACGGUUUAUCCACUGGACCAAAUGUUUACAGAUCAUGAUGAUCUGGUGGUGGAGCUGAUAGCUUUUGACCCGAAUGAUGAGGAUAGCUUGUAUCUGAAUGUCAACGGACAUAUAGUGGUGUGCAACAUUAUUACAAGAAGGUGGUCCAAAGUAGCUUCAUUUGAGAGUGAUAUUAAUUUCCUAGACUACCACAGCAUGCUCAAAAUCAACCAGCCCAUGGUGGAGGAACUAGCAGCUGGCCUGUGGCAGCAUGGUGGUGGUUGUGGUGUUGGUUGUGGAGGUGGUAGUGGAUGUGGAGGUUUUGGAGGAGGAGGUGGUGGUGGUGGUGGUGGUGGUGGUGGUGGUGGUGGAGGUGGAGGAGGUGAAGGAGGUGGUGGAGGUGGUGGUUGUGGUGGUGGUGGCAGAGGAUGA